GGUGGAUACAGUAACGUUAGGUAUGAUAACUCGAAAGUGUUUAAAGCAAGAACUAUGGUGCGAGUUCAGUGUUGGUUUUUAGCCAAGUCCGUUUAAACAAAGAUAACAUUUAUUUACAGCACUCUUCAUGACAAUCACCAAUGUUCAAAAAACAGGGGGCUUGUAGAGGAUGUUGUUUCCUUGAGAAAUCAGCUGAGAUUAACCGAGAAAAACCUACAGUCGAGUCAGAAAGAGACAUGGAGACAGAGACGUCUGUACUCAGGAGGAAGCUCAACACCAUCAGACAGGAGAACACAUCUCUGGCCAUGGAGAACAGGCAGCUCAUCAGUGACAUAGAAACUGCUCCGCUUGAGUUUGUCAGCUCAAGGUCCAAGAUCUGUCUGUUGGGAUCCACUUUGGGAGCCAGGACCUCCAGUGUGUCUCACAUGGAGGAGCAGAUUCUGGGUCUUGAGGCAGAACUGGAAACCCAAACCAAAGCUUUAGAGACUGCAGAGCAGAAGUUGGAAGAAAGUGAACAGACAGUGAUGCAGAGUAACAGGCUGGUGGAGAAGCUCAGAGAUGAGCUGAGAGUUGUUAAAGCCGAGUUAGCUGAAAGAACACGUCCGGGAAAACGUGCUGAGCAGCAGAGAAACCAAGCACUUCGAAAUGCAGAGAAGCUCACGGUUACCUUUAAAGAAUACAAAGAGGAUGUUUAUGAAAAACUCAGGAAGGUGUUGGAGAGUGAGGGCCAGCUGAAAGUUAGCCUGAUGGAGUGUGACAGGGAGAGAGAGGAGCUAGAGAGGAAGUGUGCUGUGCUGGAGAGAGAGAAGGAUGGUCUACGUCACAACAUCUGUGAGCUGAAGGAGAUUCAUAGCCGCUCUGAGUCUCUCUCCACUGAGCAUGUGCAGCUGCAGUCUCAGGUUUAUCAGCUCUCAGAUCAGCUGAAACAGCUGCAGAGGGAGAUGGCUGAGAAGGAGGCUCAGCUGCAGGAGGUGGCAGGGCUGAGGAAAGAGAAUGAGGACCUGCGGCUCCUCACGGCAUGUCAGGAGCAGAGGGUGGCUCAUGCCCACAGAGAGAAAGAACAGGACAGAGCUGAGCUGACCAGCCUAGAGAGCAUACUGGACUUACUACAUCUGAGAGAGGUGCUGGAAUACACAACCUCCAUCACAGAGAGAUCCUCUCACUACCAGCAGCUCCACGACCAGCUACUGGACAAGGCUACACAGGCCACCUCCUUAGAGAAAGAGCUAAAAAAGAAGAGUUUGCAUGUGACUGUCUUGGAGAAACAGCUGCAGGAGAAGAUUGCUUCUUAUUCACAGGCUGUAAUGAAGACCAGCCAGCUUGAACAAGACCUUCUGGAAAAGGCUAGCAGUAUUCAGCACUACCAGUCAGUUUUGAACAAGAAACAGAGGGGAUAUCAGCAGACUAUAGAGAAAGUCAAGACGACACAGUCACACAAAUGCAAAGAACUGGAGGAUAGAAUUGAGGUGCUACAGUUGUCUCUGGCUCAGAAACAGACUGAACUUGAGGAGCUAGAACAAAAUGUGACUGAUCUUCACACAGAGAAGCAGCAGUCACAGCAGAGAGCUGCUCUUCUACAGGUCGUUAUAGAUAAGCUCACUGAGGAUUUUGAGGCAAAAUAUAAAUGCAGUGAAGAGACACUUAGAAAUGUUGAAGAGCAAGCUGCUGACUCCGCUUCAAAGGUUAGGAACCUGCAGACCGAACUGUCCUCCUGUAAAGAGGAGCUGAGUCAUUACAUCCAGCAGAUGGAGGAGGUGAAGAAACAUCAUGAUAGACAACUGGAGCUGAAGAACAGUGAGCUGUCACAGCUGCAGGAAGAGCUGAAGAGGAAAUGUGUGGCUUAUCAGAGCUCCAGUGAGGAGAACCUGCUAAAAACUCACUCUAUCCAGAACCAGCACACCAUGUUGCAGGAGAGCACGUUACGCAUCGCACAGCUGGAGGAGAGCCAGAGUCAGCUGCAGAGCCAGGUGUCCGAGAUGGAACAAGAUUUGGAGAAGGAGCGCACUGCCUUAUCUCAGGCUCUGAGGAGAAGGGAGAGAGAGGUGGAGGAGGCCACUCAGGAGGUGCAGAAGAAGGAGAGAGAGGCUGCAGAGCUCUCCGGCUCCAUAACGCAGCUGAGCUCAGAGAUGAGUACAUUUCGAGUGGAGCUGUCAGACAUGGAGCUUGAGCAGUUGCGUCUGAGGAGAGACAGCAACACGAAAGCCUCUCAGCUCAAUCAGAUGGAGGAGACACUCAAGGAGACCGAAGGCCUGCUGGAUAAGAAGAGUGAAAUGGUAAUGGACCUUGAAGAGAAACUCCACCGCAGUGAGAUGGACAGGAGGAACUCGCUGCAGCGGGCACAGUUGCUGGAGGGACAGUUGCAGGAGGUGCGUGGCGAGCUGGCGGACACCCUGGACCACCUGCAGGAGCUGGAAGACUUGCUGCAGCGCACACAGCUUACGUCAGACCAACAGCAAGCGACCAUCGAUAAAUUAGCUGCUGAGCUCAGUCAGAGGGAGCUGGAGGAGAGGAACCAUGAGAUGUUGGAUCUGGACAAUGCUCUGAAAGAAAGACAGGGGGAGCUACAGCAGAGAGCGCAGCUGUUGGGGCAGCUGGAUGUGGCCAUUAAGGAGCACAAGCUGGAGAUGGAGAAGAAUGUGGAGUAUUUACAGGAAGCUCUGGAGAAGAGCCAGAAAGAGCUAAGAGAGAAGGACCAGCAGAUGCAGUUCUUGAUGGAGAGGCUGGAGAUGCUGAAGUCACAGCUUCAGGUUAAGGAGGACCCGGAGAGGGAUGCUCUUGAACAUGGCCAACAGCUGCAUGUGUAUCGUGAGCAGCUCCAAAAGACAGUGCAGGAGCUACAGCAAGCACAUACAUGCUGUGAAUCUCUGAACAGACAGAUAGAUGAAGUCACCCAGCAAGCACAUCAGAAGGAGAUGUGUUCUACACAUGCUGAGGUCAGACUCCAGGCCACCAUUACUACCCUACAACAGGAGAUUGAGCAGCAGAGAGAGGAGCACCACAAAGAGCUUUCAGCUCUCCAGCAGACGCGUGGGCAGCUGCUGAAGGUGUUGGAUCAGAUCUCCAGCAGCUUGCGUAACUCUCAGGAGCAGCUGAGCCAGCGGCUGCAACAGGCCCGAGACCAGCUUGAGGAGGCUAGAUCUACCUCUGCUCGCCUAAACGCUGAGCUUCACAGCAAAGAGCAGCUCCUGCAGAGUGCUAAUGAGACCCUGCUUAUUAAGGAGUCCGAGAUCACCCGUCUUCAAGCCAAGCUCUCCAGCUUUGAAAGGGCCACAGAACUACACAGCAUCACACUUCGUCAUAAACCCAGCACUCCUCCCCCUCUGUCUCCUCCUCUCAAAGACUCAAUUCUUCUCGGCUUCCCGCACCCCUCUCACAAAAACACUUCAGCACGUUCCAAGAACACUACCUCUGACACCUCUCUGGAGCUUUCAGACAGUUUGAAAGCCAGUGAACAGGCUGCAAUGCUGCUGCCCCCCUUCCCAGACCAGACCUGGCAGGGUCUGUGCACUCAUGAGGCCACCUCCACUACAGACAUGUCCUUUAAUCCACUCACAUACAUGCUGGACCAAGAGCAACCAGAGGAACCAGACCUAGACUCUCUGUCAGGUAUGCUGAGGUUUGUUAACCAGACUCUGGCCCUCCAAGAGCAACAAUCUCUCUGUGACACCAGCACCCACAUAACAGGCAAGUAACAUAACUGCAUAUAAGCACUUUUCUCAUAUUUCUCACAUACACAAUCAAGUGGAUUUUUAAAUGUUUAUUAACUUAUUAUCGCUCAUACUUAAAAGCAUA